UCAUAGAAAGGAACAUUUUGUAGCUACAAAACUAUUUUACUUGCAUACGAUUGAUCAGCAUCAUUGUCACAUACCUUGAUGCAAAACCCGUCGAUCGGUGUGCGACGCAACAAACAUCGAAAUGGCAAUUUGCACUCUUCUACCGCAGCAGGGGAGGUGCCCAUGUCGAGAACUCAUGCAUGUAUAAAACCGACCGCUGGCCACUCGAAAACAUGGCUUUUUCCACUCGGAAUCAAUAUCAUCCAAUACAGCAAGACUUCUAACACUCACAAUGGCUGCUCCUUUCCCAUCUCCAACUUCAAAGUGGCACUCGGACACAUACCCGUCUUUGUCUCCUACACGCCCGGAGCUUUCAGCUAAAGGAAAGACCGUGUUAAUCACAGGGGGCGGCACUGGCAUUGGUGCCGAGACUGCUCGUUACUUUGCGGCAGCCGGGGCGCCGAGAAUCGCCAUCCUUGGUAGAAGAAAGCAACCCCUUCUCGAGACCAAGGCCGAUAUCGAGGAUCGGUUCUCGGGCGUUGAGGUGUUCAUCGCCCCUACCGAUGUCACCAGCAAGAGUGAAGUUGACGCUGCAUUCAAGAGCUUUAUCGGAGAAGGAGAAUUGAAUGUUCUGGUCCAUGGCGCGGCAAACGUUGGUCCUCUUGAUGGUACUGACGCAGUCGAGGCUGGCGCAUUCUUAGAGAGCAUCCAACUUAACCUUCGGGGGUCAUUGUUCGUUGCGCAGGCUUUCCUUCGCCAUGCAUCUAAAGAUGCAGUAGCAAUUGAGGUCAACUCAUCUGCAGCACAUGUGAACUUCGUCCCCAAGUUUGCUGCGUAUAGCGUUGCAAAGCUGGCUCAAUAUCGACUCUGGGAUACAGUGGCCUUUGCAAAUCCGGAAAUGAGCGUUUUUCAUGUUCAGCCGGGCGUCGUAGAUACCGACAUGAAUAAAUCUGCCGGAGGCGUUCAAGCCACUGGAAUCGAAGAUCAAGUGGCUUUACCAGCCAGCUUUCACGUUUGGCUGGCGAGUCCAGAAGCACGUUUCUUGAAGGGCAAGUUUUUGUGGUCAAACUGGGACGUUGAUGAGCUCAAGUCGCGGGAGGAACAAAUUGCAACAAGCACUCAGUUCAACAUUGAUCUUGUAGGUUGGCCAUUCGGCGAGUCCGCUUACAAGUUUCAGACCACCAGCAAGCUUUGGACGGAGUAAAUUGUAGGCCGAGUGGAUGGCUGAAUCCAUGAAAUUCGAAGCUAGAAUUAUAUCUAGAGGGAGAAGCCAUAGUGGAAAAUAUGAAAAACUG